AUGUCGAUGCUGCCGUCGUUUGGUUUUACGCAAGAGCAAGUGGCAUGCGUGUGCGAGGUUCUGCAGCAAGGCGGGAACCUGGAACGCCUGGGAAGGUUCUUGUGGUCGCUGCCCGCCUGCGACCACCUGCAUAAGAACGAGAGCGUCCUCAAGGCCAAGGCGGUGGUCGCCUUCCACCGCGGCAACUUCCGCGAGCUUUACAAGAUCCUGGAGAGCCACCAGUUCUCGCCCCACAACCACCCUAAACUGCAGCAGCUGUGGCUGAAAGCGCACUACGUGGAGGCCGAGAAACUUCGCGGUCGGCCGCUGGGUGCCGUGGGCAAAUAUCGGGUACGCCGAAAAUUCCCGCUGCCGCGAACCAUCUGGGAUGGCGAAGAGACCAGCUACUGCUUCAAGGAGAAGUCGCGGGGCGUGUUGAGGGAGUGGUACGCGCACAACCCCUACCCCUCGCCGCGGGAGAAGCGGGAGCUGGCCGAGGCCACCGGCCUCACCACCACCCAGGUCAGCAAUUGGUUUAAGAACCGGAGGCAAAGAGACCGGGCUGCCGAGGCCAAGGAAAGGGAGAACACUGAAAACAAUAACUCGUCCUCCAACAAGCAGAAUCAACUCUCUCCUCUGGAAGGGGGCAAGCCGCUCAUGUCCAGCUCUGAAGAGGAAUUCUCACCUCCCCAAAGUCCAGACCAGAACUCGGUCCUUCUGCUACAGAGCAAUAUGGGCCACGCCAGGAGCUCAAACUAUUCUCUCCCAGGCCUAACGGCCUCACAGCCCAGCCACGGCCUGCAAGCCCACCAGCAUCAGCUCCAGGACUCUCUGCUGGGCCCACUCACCUCCAGUCUGGUGGACUUGGGUUCCUAA